UCGCACCGUGGGACCCUGUGGGAGCCGUGGGCGUCGGGGUGGGUGCUGGAGCUGAGGUGAUUUCCGAUCUGGUGGGUUGGACUCCCAAGAAAAACCUGACGUCUCAGGGAUUCUUUCUCCGUUCGGGUUCCGCUCCGCGCGGCGCCGAGGAGGAAUAAUGGCUGCCACCUACCAGAGGGUGGUGGUGUUCAGUGAUGUUACUGUAGACUUCUCCCAAGAGGAGUGGGAAUACCUGGACUCUGUGCAAAGAGUUUUAUACAGAGAUGUGAUGCUGGAGAACUACAGCAACCUGGUGUCAGUGGGACUUUCUAUUUCUAAACCAGCUGUGAUCACCUUAUUGGAGCAAGGGCAUGAGCCCUGGACAGAUGAUAGGAAAGGGACUAGGGGGCCAUGCUCAAGUGUCCAAGAUAUUUGGGAAUGUAAAGACCAGUUUGAGGGACCAUAUUCUUAUCAAGAAGCACAUUUCAGCAAAGUAAUAAUCACCCGUGAAGAUGUACCUGCUUUUGAUCAGCGGGUAUCUCUUACUCUAUACCACAGAUCUGGAAAUGAGGAGAAACCAUAUUACUGUAAGGAAUGUGGGAAGGCUUUUAGUCGUGGAUCACAACUUACUCAACACCAGAGAACUCACAGUGGUGAGAAACCCUAUGACUGUAGGGACUGUGGGAAGGCCUUCAGUUGUAGUUCAGCACUUUCAAGACAUCAGAAAACUCACACUAGUGAGAAACCCUAUGAGUGUAAGGAAUGUGGUCAGUCCUUUAGUUGUGGCCCAUAUCUUCUGCGACAUCAGAGGAUUCACACUGGUGAGAAACCUUAUGAAUGUAGACAAUGUGGGAAGGCUUUUAGUUGGAUGUCAUAUUUUUCUCAACAUCAAAGAAUCCAUACUGGUGAAAAACCCUAUGAAUGUAAGCAGUGUGGAAAAGCAUUUUGUUGGAAGUCCUAUCUUACAAAACAUCAGAGAAUCCAUACUGCUGAGAAAUUCUAUGAAUGUAAGGAAUGUGGGAAGGCCUUUAAUAAGACCUCAAAACUUGUUCAACAUCAGAGAAUUCACAUUGGAGAGAAGCCCUAUGAAUGCAAAGAAUGUGGAAAAGCCUUUAUUAGGAGCUCAAGCCUCAUUCAGCAUCAGAGAAUUCACACUGGUGAAAAACCCUAUGAAUGCAAGGAAUGUGGAAAGACCUUUAGUUGUAACUCAUACCUUUCUCAACACCAGAGAUUUCACACUGGUAGGAGACCCUAUGAAUGUAAAGAAUGUGGAAAGACCUUUAGUUACCACUCAAACUUCACCAUACAUAAGAAAAUGCAUACAGGUGAGAAACCCUAUGAAUGCAAGAACUGUGGCAAGGCCUUUACUAGGAGUUGGAACUUUAUUCGACACCAGAGAAUUCAUAAUGGUGAUUAA